GAUGGUUAGAACGAUAAACAAUGGUCUUUGGUCUAUUCGCUCCCAAGCUUGAUCCUUCAUCCAAUACCCAACUACAUACGAGUACACCCUCUACAUCUCCCUCAAUUUCUCACACAGAACCCCCUUCUUCCUAUCCCCAGCCGAAUUCUCACUCCCCCGAACCCAAGCCCGAGUAUCAGCCUGAGGUAACAGACCCAACAGCUCUCUAUGACCUCAUACGUUCUGUCCCUCCUCAAACCUUCCACCACCACCGCCCUCCCCACACACACUCACCAUCUUCUCCCAUGUAUCCUGCGAUCUAUCCCCAUCACCCCAACUCCAUUGCAUGCGCUGCCACGUAUCCUUUGAUCAUUCAAACAUGGACACAUCUUGCUGCAUCAAUGAUCAGGGCGCACUUGUUGAUCACUUGGUGUAUCAGAUGGUGUGGAGCUGCUGUGAGGGAAGUGUUGGGUUGGUGCUAUAAGGGAAGACAUACAACAGACAUCUAACGUGUGCGCUUCCUCCAGAUUUGUCCAUCCAUGACGAUCACAGUCCCAUGUGCUUCAGUAGGGUACCACAG